AUGACUGCGACGACGAUGCAGAACUCAACAGAGACUCUGUCGUUUGUGUUGGCUAUGUAUGGUGACGCAGGACAGUUAAAGUACCUGUACUUCACUCUGGCUCUGCUAUUUUACAUAUCAGUGAUUGUUGCAAACUCUGUUCUUAUCAUCAUUAUUUAUAUGGACCAAAAUCUGCACGAGCCCAUGUAUCUGUUCCUGUGUGGUCUGUUUGUUAAUGAGAUAUACGGCAGCACGUCUCUGCUGCCCUGCUUCAUGGUGCAUAUCUUGUCAGAGACUCAUGAAAUAUCCGCCUCCCUCUGCUUCAUUCAAGUAUUUAACAUUCAUACAUACGGAACUAUUGAAUUUGGCACGUUAACAAUUAUGGCAUACGACCGUUACGUGUGCAUUUGUAAACCUUUACAUUACAGCGUCACAAUAACGAAAAGAAAAGUACAGAUGGUCAUACUUUUUAUCUGGACAUUUUGCUUUUUAGAGAUUGGAGUUUUGUUGUCUUUUACUGUUCGUUUAAAGUUUUGUGGGACUGUUAUCAACAAAGUAUUUUGUGCACAUCACUUAGUUGCUGAUCUUUCUUGUUCAUCAGACAGAACCGUGUCUCUGGUUCACGAUGUGUUUUUCGGUCUCAUUGUCACGGUCACCGGUCCUGUCAGUUAUAUUUCAUACAGUUAUGGAAAUAUUUUGUUAGUGUGUUUAAAAGGUUCCAAAGAGACGAGAAAGAAGGCUUUGGAAACCUGCACUCCACAUUUUGUUUCCCUCAUCAGCUUUGUGUUCGCCUGUUUUUAUAGUUUGAUCUCACAGAGAUCUGACGCGUCCUCAGUUCCGUACCCUCUCUGUGUUUUUUUGUCUGCGUAUGCGAUGGUGAUUCAGCCUCUUCUCAAUCCUGUGAUCUACGGUCUUAAACUGUCAAAAAUUAAAAAUGCUUGUAAAAACCUGUUGACAUUAAAAACAUCACAACUCUACAUUUCUCCUGGAGCGUAUUUAAAUCCCACACUUCAUUAUUAA